AUGCGUUUCACAUCAUGCAUCUUGCUUUUGGGAGCGGCCCUAUCCCAGGCAGUGUCCGCUCAAACAAUCGAGUCAGCAGAUUUCAACGCCACUGAAGCUCUCUUAGAGAAGGGCAUCAACAUCACCGCGUUGCCACAAUUGGCUGCACUGGCCGAGCGAUCUUCAAAUGCCGCAUGCUCAAUCGCUUGCGGCUCGCUCCGGAUUCUGUAUGGCUCUGCAGUCUUGACGGAGGGCAGCACCGCAUACGAUAGCUUCACUGGCGGGUACUGGAGCGUCCAGCAGAGCAGCGUAGACCCGUACUGCAUCUUCAAGCCUGCAUCUGCUCUCGACGUCUCUGUAUCGAUUCUAAUCGCACGUCUGUCACAAUGUCCCUUCGCCGUCAAGUCAGGGGGCCACGCUGCAUUUGCUGGAGCCUCAAGCAUCGAAGGCGGCAUCACUAUCGCCCUGGAACGCAUCGAUGACAUCGUUGUAUCGAAGGACAAGAAAACAGUAGCUAUUGGUCCUGGUAACCUUUGGUUUGAUGUCUACACUACGCUGCAGCCCACCAAUCUGGCCGUUAUUGGAGGCCGAGUAUCUGGCAUCGGCGUUGGUGGCCUCACCCUUGGUGGGGGUAUCAGCUUCUUCUCCAACAUCUACGGAUGGGCUUGCGACAACGUUGCCAGCUAUGAAGUCGUUACGGCUUCCGGGGUCGUCCUCACAGCAUCGCCGUCGCAGAAUUCGGACUUGUUCUGGGCCCUUCGUGGCGGAGGCAACAACUUUGGAGUCGUCACUAAGUUCAAUCUGAAUACGAUACCGCUCCCAGGUCACUUAAUGUGGGGUGGAUCACGCAUUCACACAAGAGACCAAUUCCCCCAAGUCAUCGACGCGUUCUACAACGUGGGAAUCAACUCACCUAAGGAUCCCAAUGCCGCCCAGAUCAUGAGCUUCGCCUAUGCUCAGUCUGUGGACCUUGAUCUCGUCUCAGCCGACCUGCAGUACGCGAAGCCGAUCGCCAAUGCAUCCAUAUUCUCUCAGUAUUUCGCGAUCCCGCCAUUCAUUGACAACACAAAGGUCCGCACACUCUCCGAUCUGACGCAACAGUUCAAUGCUAGCAACCCGAACGGUCUGCGUGAGACUUACUGGGCAUCUACCUACAAGCUGACCGAGGAUCUGGUAACCGAGGUCGGGAACAUCUUCUACGAUGAGCUGGCGGCGAUCAAAGAUGCGGCCGGCAUCGUCCCCGCUGCCACCCUGCAGGUCAUCUCCAAGGGUAUGCUUGACAAUAUGAAGAAGAAUGGCGGCAACCCACUGGGCCUCAUCGAGGACGCCGCGCAAGGCCCGUUCCUCCUUGUCAACUUGAACAUGCAAUGGACCAAUAUUGCAGACGAUGCGCGCAUCAUGCAGGCCAACGCCAACAUUAUUCGACGGGCUGAUGCAUAUGCCAAGCAGAAUGGCUUGUAUAAUGACUAUAUAUACAUGAACUACGCCAGUCAAUACCAGGCAGUGGUGCCGAGCUACGGAAAGCAGAAUCAAGCGAAGUUGAAGACUAUUGCUGCGAAGUAUGAUCCUACGGGCGUGUAUCAGCGCCUUCAGCCAGGCUACUUCAAGCUUGAUGGAUCACCAGCUACUGGACUGUGA